AUGUCAAUAUUCCCAGCAUCCAUGGCCUCCAAUCCAGACGAAACUCGAUGGAUUAUCCAAAUCAAAGAAUCAUUCAUCCAAGAAUUCGAAGAAGACGACGAAACUCCGGCCACCAUUUUCAACGUCCCCAAAAUCCUAAUGCUUUCCGAUCCGCUUUCCUACACGCCCCACCAGAUAGCCAUCGGCCCUUACCAUUACUGGCGCCCGGAGCUCUACGAGAUGGAGAAAUACAAACUCGACGCAGCCAAGCGCUUCUCCAAAAACCUCGCCGACGGCCGCAAAUUUCAAGACCUCGUCGAUGAGCUCAGGAAACUUAGCGUGCCCAGGAUUCGAGCCUCGUACGACAAGUACUUGAGUAUUAACGACGAUACUUUGGCGUGGAUGGUGGUGAUGGACGCGUGUUUCUUGCUAGAAUUUCUCCGCGUUUACGCGGUCAAACAAGGCAAGGCUUUUGCUAGACUCCCCACCAGGAUGUCGCAUAUGGUCGAUGUUUCCGGGAGGAAAUCGGCCCACAAUGUCAUGUUAAGGGAUAUUAUAAUGCUGGAGAAUCAAAUCCCAUUGUUUAUUUUAAGGAAAGUCUUGGAAUGGGAAUCCUCCUCCUCUCCCGAAUCCGCCGCCGACAUGUUGCUUACGAUGUUGUCGGGGCUGUGCAAAGAUCUUUCGCCGUUUGUGAAUGUGUCGGAAGAAGACAUGGCCAAAGUCCCACUAGACAGCUGUGCGCAUUUGCUUGACUUUCUGUACAAAGCAAUGGUCCCGGAUAUGGACGCGCCAUGCCAAGAAUCAUCACGAGAUUUAGAAGGGCUAAGCAGUGGAAAUAUUGCCUAUGAAGAUGAUGGAGAAGACAAAGAUAAAUCCCUCGGUGACACCACCAAUCUCAAGAGGCUCGUUCAAGAAAUUUGGAAGAUUCUUUCCAAGGUUAAGAGUGCACCGGUGCGUGUUUUUAGGGUAAUUGUGAAUUUACCAUGGGACGUUAUUGGUGGUCUCCCCGGAGUUAAAAGCUUGAAACGCCGCUUAUCUCCGGGCACCCAAGGAAGCAAAAAGUCAGAUGAUGAUGAUAACAGUUCCAAAAGACCUCCAUUGGUGGAAGAGAUAAGCAUUCCAUCUGUGUACAAGCUCGUAAAGUCAGGAGUUCGAUUCUUACCUACGGAUUCAGGGAUUCUGAGUAUUUCUUUUGACUCGAAAACUACAACGCUCAAUCUCCCUGUGAUCAAUUUAGACGUAAACUCACAAUUCGUGUUGAGAAACAUGGUUGCGUACGAGUCGUGCAUUGCUAGUGGACCGUUAGUGUUUUCCCGUUACACCGAGUUAAUGAAUGGGAUUAUCGACUCCGAAAAGGAUACCAAGAUUCUUAGGGAGAAAGGGAUUCUUUUGAACCAUUUGAAGAAUGACGAAGAAGUGGCAAACCUAUGGAAUGGAAUGAGCAAAUCUAUUAGAUUGACGAAAGUGCCCUUAAUAGACAAGACGAUUGAAGAUGUGAAUAAGUACUACAAUGGUAGGUGGAAGGUUAAGGCAGGGAAAUUUAUGAGGUCAUAUGUGUAUGGCUCUUGGAGGAUUCUCACCGUGCUGGCAACCAUUUUGCUGUUGUUGCUAUUGAGCAUACAAUCCUUUUGUUCGGUUUAUAGCUGCCCUCGUUUAUUUAAUAUAGAUAAUUCUACCCCCUAA